GUGCAUUGUAAUAUUUUUGAAAACUCGGGUUUGUUGCUGAAAAAGUGAAUUCAAUUAUAUUAAAGCUAAUGGAAACAGGAAUGGCCUUUAGUGAAGUUUGUAGAAUUUGCUUAUGCGUUAAUGUACGCAUGUUUGUACUAAAGAAGACUAGUCUCCGAAAUUUGUAUAAAACAUUGACGAACAGUUUUGUAAGUUUGUUAACAUUUCCUAAUAUUGCAAAUUGAAGUUGCGGUAAUUUGUUGCAAAUAUUUUCAGAUGGAUGCGGAUGAGGAGCCCAUAAUUGUCUGUUUCACCUGUCAUGCAAGACUCAUUCGUUGCAGAACAGUACAACAACAGGCUAUUGCGUCAAAAGCAGUUCUGGAGCAGUUGCUUGCAGGAGGAUCCAUGUCAAUACCAAAACCGCAUGAGGCUAGAGAUACGAUUCAAUUCACACCAAUUAGCCAUAUAGAUAUCAGGGCAGUAGAGUGUGAUAUAGAAAAUGAUUGUAAGAACGAUAUGUUUAGCCUUGAAUUUGUUAAAGUUGAGGAACAGAAUUUCGAAAAUGAGAAUCCCAAAUUUGAAGAAAGUGCGAAUCAUGAAACAGAAACUUCUGAGAAGAUUAAAUCAAAUUCUGCUGAUUGUAACAUAAACGAUGUUCGUGAAGAAAAUCUCGAUUUUGAAUGUGAUGGUUGUAGUAAAAAAUUUUCAACAAAAGACAUUCUCGCCAAACACAUUAAAAAAGAUAAUCAACCAAUUAAUAAAAAAGGAAAGCAUCCUGCAAAGAUAAUGAAAAAGAAAAUGUUGAUGCAAAAAAGUGUAAAUAUACUUAAGAAAAAAACAUCAGGGACAUCAACUAAAUACAUUUUUGAAUGUGAUGGUUGUAGUAAAAAAAUUUCAACAAAAGACAUUCUCGCCAAACACAUUUCAUACAGUCAUAAGACGCAAAAGAACUCAGACACCACUGCAGUUGGAACACAAGUUGAACAUACUCCAGUACCACAACAAACAGAAAUAUUUAAUUGUGAUAUUUGCGAAUUCAAAACAACUCAACAACGUCGCAUUUUGGCACAUCUUAAAGCGCACGUCGCUAAACAAAUGUACUGUUGUAAUAAUUGUGAAUAUAAAUGUAUUAAAAAAAGUGAGUUGCAAACACAUAUGAAAAUACAUACCGGAGUAAAACCUUUUUCGUGUAAUAUCUGUGAAUAUAGAUGUAUUACAAAAAGUAGUUUGCAAAAACAUAUGAAAAUACAUACCGGUGAAAAACCUGUGUCGUGUCAUAUUUGUGAAUAUAGAUGUAUUACAAAAAGUAAUUUCCUAAGACAUAUGAAAAUACACACCGGUGAAAAACCUUUUUCGUGUAAUAUCUGUGAAUAUAGAUGUAUUAGAAAAAGUAGUUUGCAAACACAUAUGAAAAUACAUACUGGAGAAAAAUCUGUUUCGUGUAAUAUCUGUGAAGAUAGAUUUAUUAGAAAAUGUGAUUUGCAAACACAUAUGAAAAUACAUACUGGAGAAAAACCUUUUUCGUGUAAUAUCUGUGAAUAUAGAUGUACUAGAAAAAGUGAUUUGCAAACACACAUGAAAAUACAUACCGGAGAAAAACCUUUUUCGUGUAAUAUCUGUGAACAUAGGUUUAUUAGAAAAUGUGAUUUGCAAACACAUAUGAAAAUACAUACUGGAGAAAAACCUUUUUCGUGUAAUAUCUGUGAAUAUAGAUGUAUUACAAAAAGAAAUUUCCAAAGACAUAUGAAAAUACACACCGGUGAAAAACCUUUUUCGUGUAAUAUCUGUGAAUACAGAUGUAUUACAAAAAGUUGUUUGCAAAGACAUAUGAAAAUACACACUGGAGCAAAUUCUUUUUCGUGAGCUAUCUGGUAAAAUCAGGGCUCGGAAACCGGUUCAUAUUCUUAACCGGUUCCGGUCAUUGAUCCCAAAACCGGUUUUCGCGGAAUACUGGUUUUCUCAAAUUCAGGUUUAGGUAGUAAAAAUUAACCGGUUAAAACCAAGUUUUGUAAUGUCCCCCGUCCCCCUUACCUCGCUUGCAACUUUGUAAGGCUACCCUGUUUUUAAUUCACGAGGCUUUUAGACACACAUACUCGUACGAUAUAUUCAUUGCAUCAACGCGACUGCCUUGUAACGUACUCUCUCAUAUUUUUUCAUCUUAGAACUUACAUCUUCUGUUAUUUAUAAUACGAUCGUUGCUGUGUUUCAAUUAAUUAUGCGUUAUCUUUACUUUAAAAUUAAGUUUCGAUAUCAAGUUAAAUUUGGCCUUAUAUAUUUAAAUUAAUUUUAAUUAUAUUUAACGUUUUCUAUUAAAAUUACGCAUUCAUCUUUAGUUCAAUGUCAUUAGUUUUAGUAGUAUAUCGCAAUAAAUGAACUUUCUUAACAGAAUACGAUAUUUUUAAAAGCUUAUUCUUUUAAAAAUAUCGUGUUUUUUUAAAUUCAAAAGCUCGUGAUUAGGACCAACCUCUACCUCCGUUUUUGCAAAAUCAAUAAUGACCACUUCUGAGGUGUAAAGUUUAACUAGAAGUCAUGUCUAAACACGAUAAAAAAUUAUUUGUUAUUUUCAGAGAAUUCUAACAAAAGAAAUUACCAUUUUUCACAUCUCAUUAGUGAGGAAUUGGAGGUAGUCCACCGCAUACACCUACUCUCUCCGUCGGAACCAACCCUCCUCCUUUCUCAUCCGGGCUUGGGACCGGCAAUGGCGGAGUUUUCAGUUCAUGUUAUAUGUAAAUAUUUGGAUAUUUUCUAUACAUAUUAAUCCGGGCCCUACUGAUAACAUAUUAAACAUAUGAAAUAAAUGUUUAUUAUUAUUUGGGUUAUCUAUAAAGUUUUCUCAUCUGGUUCGGCUGUUUAAAUAUAUAAUUGUAAACGAAAGAACAGAUAUAAACAUACAUAAAUAUAAAAAAAUACCUAAAUAUAUAAAAACCCAACCAGAUGGAAGCCAGGGGAGACCAAACGGCCAAGUGUUAGGGGGAAAGGGAAAGAAACCGGCGGAUGAUGCGGGCGGUAUUUAGGAGCACUGCCUUCUGCAUUUGAGCUUGGAGCGAUCCGUCACGGAGUCCCAGUCGCCUCAGAUGACCCAAGAGGCUGACUGGGAUUAACCCGUUCGCAAAAACGACCACAGGAAUAAUUUCGGCCGGCAAACCACCCCACAUGUCGGUCACCUCGUGAGCCAGGUCCAGAUAUUUUGUCAGCUUAUCUGUUUCGGCUUUCACGAGGUUCUCGUCAUAAGGAAUGAUAAUGUCGACCAAAAAUAUCCUUGACUGUGCCCGGUCCAUCAGCACAAUAUCAGGCUUAUUCGCAAGAAUAGUCCUGUCUAUGAUGAUGGCCCGGUCCCAGUAGAGUUCAUUUUCGAGCACGGCUUCCGGCAAGUACUAAUAUGGUUUUUCAGUUUCAGUUUUCAGUUUCCGAUCCACGAGACCGUAUUUCAGAGCGAGCUCCUGGUGUAGAAUCCUGGCUACUAGGUUGUGUCUGUGCAAAUAUUCAGAGUUAGAAAGCGCCGAACAACCGGAGAUGACAUGCCUAAGUGACUUACCGGGAUGGCGACAAGCUCGACAGAUGUCGACGGAGCCAUCCUUUAGGAUGUGUUUCCGAUAACAAGGUUCUACAAGGCUCAUGAAGAGCCUUGUAGAACCUCCCGUGGAGCUCCUCCUUCCAUACGGUCUCCCGGUCGGAAAUGCUUUGUACUGCCGGGUCUUGCCAUUGCUCGUUGGUUAAGGAUAGAGGAGUUAGCCCUUUAUCACAAGAAAUAACGUCCCUAUAGUAUGGAUCAUCCGUUCUCGUCAGAAAGUAAUUACGGAGGCUGCACACUUCGCGAUUAUGUAUGGUAAGUGUGGCAUACCACCUUUAAAUAAAUUUGAAUGUUAUUAUUGUUUAAUAAAAAUAAAUACAUUUUAUCUAUAAAAUCACAUUUUCAAAAUUCUAUAUUAACUAAAUCAUAUAAAUUAUAAUAAAUAUUUUUGUAUAAAUUCAGUAGCUAAAACAAUAUAACAUUUUAAUUAUUAAAUCUUAAGAAAUUCUACUUACCAACUUCUCCGUAUGAAUCGUUAGUUAAAUUGUUAACAAUAUUUUUCUAUUGAAGUACUUGUGUCCGCUUCACCGGUCAAGUGCAUUAGAUAUUGAAUUAAGGAUGAUUCACGCUACAACGUGUCGCCACCGGGCCAUGCCCGGCCGGGACACGUCCACCGUGCGCUGGCCGGGCCAGUCAUUCAUGUUACACCGGGCUGUUUACACGACCGUGGCUUAUGCACGACUCUGUGUUAUGUGGUUUUUGUCAGCUAGUGAUUUCAUCUGUCGAUAAACUUCACGCUUACAUAAAUAUGCAAUUUUCACAAUUUGAAUUGGCAGCUAUUGCAAUUGCCAUCGAUGAUGAAGUAUUGGAAAAACGAAGCGAAACUACUAAAAGAAGAUGGGGUGUACAUCCAACCUGGAGAAAGCGAGAAGCAGGAGAAUUUGCUUUAUUUUACAAAGAAUUAAUAGAUGAUGAGAGCAAGUUUUAUGGUUAUUUUAGAAUGUCUAAAGAAUGCUUUACUUUUUUACUUGAAAAAGUAAAACCAGACCUAACCAAAAAAAUUACAAGAUUUCAAAAGCCUAUAUCGAACGAUUAGCAGUCUGCAUCAGGUAAAUAAUAAAUUGAUAUGCACUAAAUCACAUAGUAUUUAAAAAUGUAGUAUUACAAAUUGACCCAUCUCACAACCAUCUAUCAGAGCUGGUUGUAAGAUGGGUCGAUUUUUUCUAAAUACUUCAUUUUCAAUUUUUUAAUAAUCAAAAUUGCAUUGUGAAUGAAAAAAAGUAAAAAUUUAAAUAAUUUGCAUAGUAUUUAUUCAUUUCAUUAGUCUGCCGUGAACUCUGAAAAUAAAGUAGACAAAUUAUUAGAUUCCAAAGGCGUAAGUUCCGAAGGCGAAGGUUCCGAAGGCGUAGGUUCGUAGGCGUUGAUUCCGGUGUUGGCGUUGGUGUAGUCGUUAUACCAGAACCAACAGAAGAAAUGUGGCGUAAAAUUGCCGAAGAUUUUGAAAAGCUUAGAGGUUUUCCAAAUUGUAUAGGCGCAUUGGAUGGAAAACAUUUUGUUAUUGAAGCCCCAGCCAAUAGUAGUUCUAUAUAUUUUAAUUAUAAACACACAUUCUCAAUUGUUUUAUUGGCGUUAGUGGACGCAUGCUACAAAUUUAUUGCAGUUGAUGUUGGCGCUUACGGACGAAACAGUGAUGGUGGCAUUUUUGCACAAUGUAAUCUUGGAAAACGUUUAGAAAAUGGGACGCUUCAUGUACCUAUUGGUAAAAAUUUACCCGGUUCCUCUACGUUUGCAUCAUAUGUAAUAGUUGGUGAUGAAGCGUUUCCUUUGAAAACAUACCUAAUGCGACCGUAUCCAGGACACCAAGCAACAGGUGACGCUAAUAAAACGAAUUUCAAUCAUAGACUGUCUUUGGCCCGGCGACUAGUCGAAAAUGCUUUUGGUAUUUUGACACAAAGAUUUAGAAUAUUUCAAAGAAGAAUGAAACUUGCUCCAGAAAAUGUUGAUUACAUUAUUCUAUCUACAUGCGUACUGCAUAAUUUUUUAUGCGAACAAAAAGAUUACACAGGGCUUAUCAAUCAUAGUGCACAAAAUGCGCAACCACAUUUAUUAAAUCCAUUGAGCGUUCAACCAGGAAGACCGGCUAAUGAUGCAUUUGCGGUAAGAGAAACGUUUAAAGAAUAUUUAGCGUCAACAGCGGGACGUAAUUUUAUAGGACAACAGUAUCAAGAAUAAAUACAUACUUACACUAUAAUAUACUUCUUAUAAUUUACCUAACAUAUUCUAAAAUACCUACUAAAAACCGAUAAUCCCACUCACAUGUACUUACAUGUUGUCGUAAAGUAAUUAGUGACACUUGAAUAACUAUUAUAAAUGUAAAUUGAAAUAAAAGUUACAACUUACCAGAUUGUUUUAUUUCUUCCGAAAUGGUUUUCCAAAUAAUAUUUUUGUAUUUGUUAUCUAAAUACUUGAGGAUGGCUCAUAUCGUAAAUCACAGGGUACUUGCGCACACAUUCUAAUAAUUUUUCACCGUCCAUUUUGCUGUUGAGCUGCUCACUUCACUAAGAUUUGACGUUGACUGCUCUCCGGGCGCCCGGGCGCAUAUGUUCAUGUUACAACGUGUCGGGGCCGGACCGUGCCGGAGCCGGGAAACAAUACCCACCGACAUUUCAACGCCGUGCCCCGGCCGAGUCCCGGUGGCGUACGGCCGGGGCACGGCCGGGCCACGGUCAGGCAUGAAUCGCUUCAUACAAAAAGUACACCAUAAUGUUUGACCGUGCCCCGGCCGCGCCACGUUGUAGUGUGAAUCAUCCUUAAGUAAUGAGAUGCAUUCGCUGCGGUAGCUCGUGCCACGCUCGCCCAUAAUUACUCCGCGAAUUAUUGAAAAUCCUGUGUAGUAUUUAAAAAUAUUCGCGUACUUAGUUUAAAUUGUCUAGUGUUGUGCGUAUAAAUAAAAACUAUUACAAAAUUCGUGUACUGAAUGAGACUGCUGUAUGUGAUAUAACUGUGUAUGCAAUAAACAAUAACUUUAUUAACU